GAUAUCAUUGACAGAUGAGUAGCGCCUGCUGUUGACUGACUUGUUUAUAAAUUUGUGUUUUACAAAUUUUGAUAUCAAUUGGAUAAAAUUUGUUCGUUUACCUGAGUGCUAACUCAAUAUAAUCCCUGUACAAUGCCGAAAGUAGUUUCCAGAAGCAUUGUGUGCUCCGACACCAAAGAUCAAGAGGAGUACAAUGAGACUAAACCUCUUCACAUUUACUACUGCAUUUGUGGCCAAAUGUCGCUUAUUUUGGACUGCACGAUAGACCGCCUACCCUUGAGGCCCACCGAUGGUGCCAGAGUUAUCGACGGAUCGAAACACGCACACAAAAUAACAGCAGAUACAGAUGAAACUGUACAUUUGAAGAGGGAGAAAGGAAUAGAGCGCCAACACAGGCUGAAGUGUAAGAAAUGUGCCAUCCCUAUCUUCUACAAACCCAACCAGGACGCCAACGUGCUCUUCAUCAUGCGCGGGGCCCUGGUCCAGACCGCCGGGGAGACCGUCACAGACAUCUACAAGCAAGUCACACUCCCGCAACCAAAGAAGAUUAUGGUCACAAAACACACUAAGAAUAUGGGUAAAUUCAGUUCAGUGACCGUGUCCACUAUUGAUGAAGAGGAAGACGAGAUUGAAGCACGAGAGGUGGCUGACAGUUACGCAAACAACGCAAGGAUUAUAGAGAAACAACUGGAAAGAAAGGGAAUGAACAAACGCCAAGCCGAGACACCGGCACCACAGACGGAGAAGAGGGUGAGAGGGACACUUAUUGAUCAGUAGAUUAAUCCAAGAAUAGCACAGAAGCCAUUCAUACAUUAAUAGACAUCCAACCCAAAAGUAAUCCUUGUUGCAAUAAAGAAUACAAGUGGUGAUAUGGAACUGUCUCCACUUCUUACACAAUUCCAUUAUAAUUAUGUAAGAGUGGGGAACUUGUAUUUAUAGAGGUAUGAAGAUGUGAUUAGUCAUCAGUGUUCAAAAACUAUGAAAUAAAUGUGAGUACCUACAAUGUUAUACUUACUAUUAUUUUUAUGUUGUGUAAAAUCUAAUCUAAAAGAGCUAUAAAAUAAAUGACACAAUUCCACAAAUUGUC